AUGGGUUUACCGCCUAUAACCAAAGAUACGGAUAAAAAUGAUAAUCAGAAUAUUUGUUUAAUAUCAGAAGAUCGUAAAUAUAAAACAUCAACAUUUUCAAACGAGGGUAGUUUUUGUUCGCUGAAUUCAAAUACAAUGACUCAACAAGAACCGAAGUUAACGGCAGCGAUGACUCAUUCUGCUCAGCUGAGUAAACCGUCGGCCAUACCUACUACUAUCGUAAACCGGUCCGAUAAGAGCGUGAGACACACGGCGUACUUAGGUGAAAACAACACAAUGAUGUCAAACACAAAAACGAUCGCAGAAAUUGUUCGAGAAGGAAAAUGGAAUAAACAGAAACAGGAUGAUGAAUGGAUUCGAGUACAAAGGAAAAGAACUCGAAAUCGUUUUAUGGGACACAGAGGAAAGGCUAUUUUAGAACCAGGAAAUAAAUUUAAAGCGGCGGAAAUUAAAAUUCCAAUUUAUAUUUAUAAUGUGUCAAAGGAAGUGUCAGUGUGUGAUAUUCAUGCUUACAUUAAAACAAAGACGACCCUUGAUGUUGACAUAGAAAAAAUUACUAUGAAAAUAAAAAAAGACUAUGAAUCCUACAAAAUUUUUAUACCUAAACAUAAAUUAGAAUUGUUUAUGUCAGAUGAAUUUUGGCCGGAAGGAGUGGCUUAUAGGCGAUUUUUUGACUUUAAGCAACGUGUGAAUGGCAACGCUUACAAGAAUACCGAGAAUAAUCAAAAAGCAAUAUGA